AUGCGCGUCCUCGUGAUCCUCUGGUCCAGUCCCUGCGCCUCUCCCCGCGGAGCCUCGUUAAUCACCGCUGCUCCGGCCCCUCCGCAGGUCUCCCUCCUGCUGAAACCCGAGACCCCACCGGCCCACCCCACAAUCACGACGCGCGGCUCCCAGAUCGACUGCGUGUUUGGAGAUAGCGUCACAAGUUCAGCCAUUACAGCCGUCUGUCAGUGCGAGUCCAGUCCGAGUCUGUCAGUCCAAGUCCAGUCCGAGACCAGUCCGAGUCCAGUCCGGGUCUGUCAGUGCGAGUCCAGUCCGAGUCUGUCAGUCCAAGUCCAGUCCGAGACCAGUCCGAGUCCAGUCCGGGUCUGUCAGUGCGAGUCCAGUCCGAGUCUGUCAGUCCGAGUCCCCACAUUCUGUCAGUCUGAGUCCCCGCAGUGCGUCAGUCCGAGUCCCGCAGUCUGUCAGUCCGAGUCCCCUCGGGCUGACAGACUCGGACUGUCAGUCCUGUCAGUCUGUCAGUCUGAGUACCCGCAGUCUGUCAGUCCGAGUCCCCUUGGGUCUGUCAGUCCGAGUCCCGCAGUCUGUCAGUCCGAGUCCCCUCAGAGUCUGUCAGUCCGAGUCCCCUCAGAGUCUGUCAGUCUGAGUCCCGCAGUCUGUCAGUCUGAGUCCCCGCAGUCUGUCAGUCCGAGCAGUCCGAGUCCCCCCGGGUCUGUCAGUCUGAGUCCCCGAAGUCUGUCAGUCCGAGUCCAUGCAGUCUGUCAGUCCGAGUCCCGCAGUCUAUCAGUCCGAGUCUCCCCUGUUCUGUCAGUCCUAGUCCGCGCAGUCUGUCAGUCCAAGUCCCGCAUUCUGUCAGUCCGAGUCCUGCCGUCUGUCAGUCCGAGUCCACUCAGAGUCUGUCAGUCCGAGUCCCCUCAGAGUCUGUCAGUCCGAGUCCCCUCAGAGUCUGUCAGUCCGAGUCCCGCAGUCUGUCAGUCCGAGUCCCCUCAGUCUGUCAGUCCGAGUCCAGUCCGAGUCUUACAGUCCGAGUCUUUCAGUCCGAGUCUUUCAGUCCGAGUCUUUCAGUCCGAGUCUUUCAGUCCGGGUCUUUCAGUCCGAGUCUUUCAGUCCGAGUCCCCUCAGAGUCUGUCAGUCCGAGUCCCCCGACCCCAGACCUCGGGAGACAGCGUUUCAGAUUUAUGCUGCUGA